UGGUAGUUCAACACCGCCAGCCAGCAGAAGCAGCAAGAAGAUUGCGUGUUCUCCAGCUCCUCCAGCCAGCAGCGAAACGCGAGUCACAGAGUGAAGUGUUUUUGUGUCGGACGAAAUCGUUUUGUUCGUAUUACGUACAACAAUACGGAGAGGCAGGCAUACGGAUGAUGAUGGCCACUGGUGAUUUCCUGCGUGCGGUGUAUUAUUGAAAAUCCAUUUUACGGUUCUGCGAAAGAGUGUUCCACCGAUCGAAGCAAGUUUGCCAAGUGCCAACCAGUAAGAGCCCUUCGCCGAUCGAGAGACGCAACAGUCGUCAUCCAUCGGCAGAUCGGAAGUCGCGCCGCAGCCGCAGCCCCCCGUCAAUCAGUGCGAGUUUUAAUCGGCCAAAUUCCAGCGAAUGGGACGACGACGGUGAUCGAAGCAAGUGACCCCAUCAGGUAGCAGCCAGCAAGAGCGCUAAUCGAAUCGGACGUAUAGAAUCUGACGUCUGCUGUGGACGCGCGUGGAUUGAAGGACAUUCGAAAAUUGCGAAAGCAGACCGAGAUCUCUCGGAGUGGCCGCCAGUGUGAGUGGGGAAGCCGAAGCAGUUGUGUUGCAGUUUUCAGUUCUGAACGUGCAAAGCAGACAAGGCGAGAAAUUUGAUGUGGAUUAAUUUUAUGAGUGGAUGGUGAUAACAAUAAAAUUUCUGAAAUUUUAAUCAAUAACUAAAACAAAAAAUAUAAAUUUUAUAAAGGCUUCGUGUUAUUCUGUGUGUCUAUCAAUAUUUUAAACUAUAAUCAAAAGUGUUCGUGAACAACAGCCGUUUGUAACUUGCUCAAUCAAAUCAGGCCGGAGCCCAACAAUCAAAAAUGUCGCAAGAAAUGGCGGUGAAACAGUUCAUAGACCUGAUAAACAGUUCCAGCAGCAGCAGUAGCAAUGACCCGAACCGGAAGGCGGUCACACCGGCGAUUGCGACCAAAUUCCUGCUGGCACGUAAAUUCGACAUUCCCCGGGCAGUGGCUCUGUACGAACAGCACGAGCUCAUCCGGCAACGGGAGGGUCUGUACGGAUUCGAUCCCAUGCUGGAUCCCCUGAGAGCCGAACUCGAGACGGGGAAGUUCACGAUACUGCCGGGACGGGAUGCCAGCGGGGCCGCGAUCGCCUUGUUCACUGCCAACCUGCACUAUCCGAUGACGGUCACACACAAAACCACCCUGCAGGGCGUGGUGUACCAGCUGGACGUUGCACUGCAGAGCGCGGAAACGCAGAAGGCCGGCCUGGUGUUCAUCUACGACAUGAGCACCUCCAAGUACUCCAACUUCGAUUACGAUCUGUCGCAGAAAAUACUCACACUGCUGAAGGGUGGCUAUCCGGCGAGGCUGAAGAAAGUGCUGAUUGUGACCGCCCCGCUAUGGUUUAAGGCGCCGUUCAAGAUCCUACGGUUGUUCGUGCGGGAAAAGCUACGGGAGCGGGUGUUCACCGUGUCGAUACCACAGCUGAGUCUGCAUGUGCCCCGAGACUCACUGCCCGGGCGGUUAGGCGGAACGCUGGACUACGAUCAUUCCUCAUGGUUGCUCCAUUGCUACAAAUCUAUGACGAAUCGUGAGGACGAAAUAAUCGCUGGCCAACAGCAGACCACAAACGGUGCAUCGCAAACCAACAGCAGUAGCAUGGGAAGUGGCGCGAAGGCCACAGUUACCACAGCCAUUCUCGAUCCGCACCUGGCCGGUUCGGCGGCCGGCACGACUGACCUCUCGGAGUACGUGUCCGGGCACCACAGGACGCCCAGCGGUAACCUAGAUCACAUCGGUGUCGAGGACAUCUCGGACCUGGCGGCGGCCGGUGGCCACCAUCACCAUGUGCUUCACAACCACCACCACCACCAUCAUCACAACACCAACAGUGAGCUGUGGAACGAAAAUCCACCCAGCAGUGCGUCGUCCGGAUUCAGUGACGACGACAGCCUGGCCGGUGCCGAGGGCGAUCCAAAGACAAUAGAACAAAUUGUACAAAUGGUGCGGGAACGGGGCAAGCAGGGCCUGAUACAGGAGUACGCCGAAAUCAAAGCUCGAGCUCCCGACGGAACGUUCACGCAUGCAAAACUGCGAAAUAAUCUAGCGAAAAACCGAUACACGGACGUCCUGUGCUUCGACCACAGCCGGGUGAUUCUUUCGCAGGAAGCCGACGACCCGACGUCGGACUACAUCAACGCCAACUUCGUCGAUGGCUACAAGCAGAAGAACGCAUACAUCUCGACUCAGGGCCCGCUACCGAAGACGUCGUACGACUUCUGGCGGAUGGUGUGGGAGCAGCACUGUCUGGUGAUAGUCAUGACCACACGGGUGAUGGAACGGGGCCGGGUGAAAUGCGGCCAAUACUGGGAACCGACCGAGGGCGGCGUCAUCGAGUACGGGUGCUACCAGGUGCGAACGCUCUCGGUGGAAGCCAACGAGGACUAUACGGUGGCCGAGUUGGAGGUGAAGAAUUCUAAGACUGAUGAAGUGCGCUGUGUAUCCCACUGGCAGUUUACCAGCUGGCCAGACUACGGAGUGCCGGCUUCGGCGCGAGCCAUGCUGAACUUCUUGCAGCGUGCUCGCGAGAAGCAAGCCGAGAUGGUCAAGUCGCUGGGUGAUCUGUGGGCUGGCCAUCCGCGGGGGCCUCCAAUGGUGGUACACUGCAGCGCGGGGAUUGGACGGACGGGGACGUUCAUUACGUUGGAUAUUUGCAUAUCGCGGCUGGAGGACGUCGGAACGGCCGACAUCAAGGGAACGGUGGAGAAAAUCCGGGCACAGCGAGCCUACUCGAUUCAGAUGCCCGACCAGUAUGUGUUUUGUCAUCUGGCCCUGAUCGAGUAUGCGCUGUCCCGUUCGAUGCUGCAGUCGGCGGACUUGUCCGGGUUCGACGACCGGGAAGACGACUCCGACUAGAAUGCGUGCUCGUGAUGUUUAGGCUAUGUGAGGUCUUUGUUUCGAUUAUUAUCAUUUUUGUGUAGACUUUAAUUAGGGAAUGUGCGAAAUAUUGUUGGAAGCUUAGAGUGAGGAUGUGCGUCGCGAGAAAACAUAUUUUUAAAUCUUUAGAUAAAAGAUAGCGAGAGAUGGAGAAUAUUUUAAACUCUAUAGAGACAAUGUUUAGAAAUUACAAAUCGAAAACAAAAAUCAAACUAUCCUGUUUCUUUCGGGUUUUCCGUCUUUCCAAAAAAGGUUAAUUUUAAUGCCAACCAGUACUGCUAUCGAAUACCUAUUUAAUCUGUUUUUGCUAUUCCCCUCUAUCUAUACCAUUAUACACAAACACACAGUAGGCGCGAUCCUUCUUACCAGUUGGCCGUUCGCAGUCCACUAAGAUUUGCUACCGUAUUCUCUCGAUUUUCCCACAGAGAGGUUGUACAUAUUACUCGAUUAGCUAACACUCUAGCGAUUCUAUUAUCAUGUAGGACAACAACACGAACCGGUAACAAGUAUAUAUUGAUGAACUUUGGUCAGAUCACCCGUAGAAUCGGAGAUAACUCAUUUGGCAUAAGGUAGUUUGACGUGGUAUCGCUAAUAUUAACAGUUAGGAUCACCAGCUCAUUAUUUAGACUACAAAGAUAAUUUUAUAAUCCAGUCCAAUUAAAGGAAAACAUUCAUGAUAAUUAUCAAUCAACAAUACUCACCUGAUACUUGCGGUUAUUCCUCUUAGUUUUGAAAUUUGAGAAUGAGACAUAACCUCCCAGCUCGUAGAAACUUAAUUCGUUAAACGUCCUAGGUAUCUCACAAUUGCAAUCUUUCAAAAAAGUUGUUAGGGAUAUUUUUAUCCAAUAAAAUAAACAACAGUUAUUACAUAAUUAUGCAACUCUGUGGUGUGGUUCCAGUCUUCAAUUUGACUCUCGCAUCCUUUCUAACGGACGGAGGAUAUCAUGGUUAAGAAUGGUUCAGCAAGGAGCCUAUAGUAAAGCAUAUGAAUGGAAUCCUUUAUUCUAUUAUUUUCAUCUGAAAAACUUCAAAAACUACUCUACUUAUUGGAGUUAAUAAUAAAUAAAAACCCUGUUGCACUCUUGGUGUGCAUUUCAGUAAGCAUCUCCAGAGAGAACUUCUGAAGAAAUUGUAAAAAAAUCCUUGAAAAAAUCCCAGAUGCUUAGAGGAAUUCCGGGCGAAAUUAUAGGAGUAGUCCCGGUAUGAACAUCAGGUGGAAUUUAGGUAGAAAUUUUUCACUGAAUUGCUAGAUAGAGGAAAGUGCAAGUGUAGAAGAAUUUUUAGAGACAGCCACUAAGAAAUUGAUGGAUCCUUGAAGUUUGCAUGUAGAUUUCCCAGGGAAAAUGUGGUCUGAUACAAAUAAUUUACACAACCAAUAUCAUUAUGCCAAAUGAGUAAUCAUCCGCGAAACCAUUUGAUUCUUUUUCAUUGAACGACCUUUUGUUAGAUGUGGGGUAUGUCAUUAGGUAUAUCUAUUCGGAGCGAAGUAAAACAAGCCAUAUCAGGCAUAUCUAGUAACAUAUAUAACCACAUCUGUCCUCAUUUCAAUAUAUGCACUACCGAAAAAAGAAAAACAAUAAGAUUUCAUCGUGCAUAUACAUAGUAACACAACCAGAAGCAUUAUCAACCAGAGUCAUAUAAAUUUCAGCUAGAAAUUAUGUUAAAAUGUGAAGAUUGGCAAAAAGAAGGAGGAACAUGAAUUACUACUUUUCUCGCUUGUAAGAAAUGCUAUAUAUUUUGCAAACAAGUAACAAAACUAACCGAAACAGUCCAGUGAAUGUUGAACGUUACGCAGAACAGAAGUAAUAGGAAGGAUCAAUUAUUUUCUCUAUUUAUUUUUACUAGGAACAUUGUAGCACCGGACCAGAUCUGGUAGACAUUGUCAGCAACUUGCUGCGGGAAAUAAUAACGGAGCCAAUCAUUGAAUACCGAUCAAAUAUCCAUUAACUACUUGCUGUAAGUGAAGAAAGAUCAUCGGUAGUGGAUAAUUCUGAAUAAAAAGAAAUAUGUUUGCCAUUUCUAACAGUAGGCUGCAGCUAAAUAAAAUACUGCACUAGAAAAAGAACCACGAGGAGAAAGUACUUUUACCAUCCUUUUACAAUACAAAACAAUUCAAGCAUAUUGCAAACAAACAUGCAAAUAUUUAAAAAUGACUAAAUAAACGGAUAAUUUUUAGUGAAAUUAUGAAACCUUAACAAGGAUCAAAAAUCAAGUAACUGAUGUUUAACAAAAAAAAACUCGUAAAAUAUAUUAAUUCAGUGGAAAAUUAUGAGAACAAAAACAAACGUACACAAACAAUAAUAAAAAAAAAUGCAAUGCAGACAUGAAACCAUUACGACAUCAAACGACAGUGCCAGUCAACGCAUAUUCACAACCUUUGUAGUCGUUUUAUCACGCAGAUUCCGAACAAUACAAGCGUUCAAUGUGGCGCUAUCAAUAAUGUGACCCCCAUGUUCACAUAGAAAUACACUCACAGCAUUCGACACCUACACACAGUCAUACAUACACACAUACAGUGCAACCACCCAGCAAGUCCAACACAAAUUGCAUGAUUAAGUGAUCUACAUAAUAUAGUUUAGCUGUUUAUUUAUUGGAUAUUGGUCGAAUUGUAAGUAGAGCCGCUCGCCGGUACUGCACAUCAGCAGGCUCCGAAUCGUGCUCUAGCAACAAUGUUUGACCUCAAGGGGAAUACGUUCCCGAGGGUAGCGGACGGGGCGCAACAGAAAGAUGGUGAAACUAUUGUUCUUUGAGAGUCGUUACGUACGUGGACGGAAGAAAGGAGAGGCGCCCUAGGAUUAGGGAGCGAUCGGCUAGGACCGCGCAAAAAACUUGCGAACUGUUGUCAUAUGUAGGACAGUGGAAGAAGAAAAAAAAAACGGUUGCGAAACGAGGAGAUAAUAAAAAUUAAACUAAUGGACAGAAAAGAAACCUGUACGAAGAAAAAAACAAGAAAUAUAAUAUAAAUUUGAAAAAAUUAA